UCGGGUUGGUUAUAAACUCUCUAAAGCUUGAGUGAGCACGUCAACCCUCAUUAAUGCUUUUGAAAUUGAACCUGCUGGAGGCAAUGCAACAAAAGUUUCACCUUUCUCACACUUUGUGACUGCACCGUAAGAUAUCACACACAUUUAUUAACACUACUGCUGCUGCUGCUACGUCCGCGUUUAACUUCCCCACACAAAGCAUUGAAGAGACAUUGAUUUCCACUUUGGCCUGCAGUUUUUUCUUUUGCCUCUAGAGUUCAUGUCUUUCUCAACUUAACUGCACAAUAGCACAGCACAAGUGGGCAUUCUCAAUGAAGUGUUUUUAGUAGACACAGACUUCUUUGAUCAACCAGACAGCAGCUUUAUCAGUGUAUUGCGCCAACAAAACCUCAGCGAAGUACUGGCAAAGACAGAAACAUGAAGAUAUUCUGUCUUCUUUUGGCAGCUUUUUGCAGCCCUGUGUUUAGUGGAGAAUGGAAAGCCACUGUUGUAAAAAACCUCAAGGCCUUGGUGACAUCGUGCAUUGUGAUACCCUGUUCCUUCACCCACCCUAAAGAAAACCUGCCCUCCUCCAGACUCAGAGGGAUCUGGCAACGUUCAAAUGACAAACAGGCAUUUGUCUAUAAUGAGGAUAAAACAAGGAUCUUGGAAAACUUUCGUGGUCGCACACAGUUGCUGGGAGAGUUGGGUCAAGACAACUGCACCUUAGAAAUUACUGACAUCAAAAAUCAUGACAAUGGCCCGUUCUGUUUCCGGAUUGAACUAGCACGAACAGAGAAUGACCUGUCCACCAUAGACAAGUUCUCCUUUAUUGACGAUUGUGCCGAGUUGACAAUGCUCUCUGAACCUCCAACGCCUUCACUGGUUCACCUAGAGACAGGCACUGAGGGACAUCCUUACACUGUCACCUGUUCAGUCACCCACACCUGUCCCUCCCAUGUGCCUACACUCACAUGGAGCAGGAGCACCCCAGAAAAGAUUGUUGAGAGUCACAGACAACUUCAUCCUGGUCACUGGGAGAUACAAUCCAUCCUGACGUUCAUUCCUGAGGAGAAGGACGAUCACAGUGAAAUCACCUGCACAGCUGUCUUUAAUGGACAGAAGACAUCCUCUGCAACAAUGAAACUCUACAUAAAACGUACAGAAAACUACAACCACAUCAUCAUCCCCACUGUGGUGGGGAUUGCCAUCACUGUGAUCUCUGCAGUCGUCUGCAUUUUCAUGGUGAAAAAAUACAAGAGACGCAUUGCAGAGCUCCAAAGUCAGGAUGGCAGCAUGUGGAACCGAAUUUCCAGGCUGUCUCGCAGGUUUCGUUCCGGAGGCCCAGGACCAUCUCAUUCUGAUCAAAGAAGGUCAAUUUGGAGCAGAGUUUCAAGACGGCCUAGGGGGGACAUGGUGGAUUUUGGACAUACGCCCAAUAAUGUGAAUUCACAAUCCUGCACUGACCAGAAAGUCUCCAAGCCUCGUUUUCCAUCCCCUAAAAGCCAACCAAAAUCCUGCAAUUACAAAGAGGAUCUUGAUGAUGGUGACGAUUACAUGAACACUGCAGACCUCAAUGUCUACGGAAACAUCUGAAAAAAGAAAAUUAGUUUCCAAGGAGAGUGUUUGUUUGUGUUUGUGCAAGCAAAAGAUGUAAAAGUGAUCAUCUGUAUAAGUGCAUCUGAUAAUUGCAGUUUUGUUAUGCAUGACCACUGUGGUAAUCUAUCAAUUAAAACAUAUUUGAAGAAUUUGAUUAUUUAGGGGAAGUAAAGUGCACUAUGUAUGAUAAUAUAUCAUAAACUGUAUAUUUUAAUGUAAUUGUAAUUACUUUUGCAUAGCUGUUAAGUAUGCACCUUUGUUCUGUCUGUGUAUUCAGACAUGCUGUCACCAUUGCUGGGCCUGAGAGAUGAAUGGAUACUGUGAGAUAAAUGGAUACUGAAGGCAAUUAAUACCUGAGAAAGCGAUAAGCGAAAUAUCUGUUAUUUCAGUGGUAUCAAUUUUUCCAUCUUACUCUGCAAAAGUCAACUGAGCAUAUUUUUCAAAAUGUCAGAUAUUUUCUUUUCAAAGAAUUUAAAUAAACAUUCACAUAUCCAGACAUACAGGGCAUUUUAAAAUUGUAUUUUUCACAUUUUCUUAAGUUGCAGCUUUGUGCUAAAAAAAAAAAAAAAGGAAAAAAGAUUCCUGAUCAAUAUACACUCAUACUCUAUAAGGACAAAACAAAAACACAAUCUGAGCUCAAUUUCAAGUGUAAUCGUAAAGGGUCUAAAUGUGUAUGUCCAUGUGAUAUUUCUGUGAUAUUUUCUUUUAAUACAUUUGCAAAUUCCAAAA